AAAAAAACCUAAGUUGGAAAGUUGAACAUAUUGGGUUAAUCUUUUGUAUUCAGCAUCAGAAAAUGAGAGAGUAAACUUUCAUUAACAAAAGUAUGUAGUUUUGUAGAGAAUUGAAAAUAGAAUCUUUUGAUAAUAAAAAAAUAAGUUCUGAAAUGCUGAGAAUCAAAUGAAAUAUUGAGACCGCCAUUUAUUCUGGACCACCCGUUACUUUUCUGUCCUCAGGUCUUGAAUAGCUGAUCUUUUUUAGGUAGUGGUUGACUAUGACGCCCUUCAAUUAGUAAAUUUGAAACAUCAUAAAAGUCAACCAUUACAGAACUUAUGACAUGAGUUGCUCUACAAUGGUUUUUUAAAUGAAGGAUAUUCAUCUUAGUGUCCUUUAAAAAGAAGCUGAUAAAAUGAAACUUUUUUUUUUCUUAUUUUAUCAUUAGGUACGCAUUUGGCAUCAUCCAACAUGGUCAAUUAAUGAUAAUAAUCCAUGUAUACUUUCAAUUAUUAAUCAACUUGAUGAAAAAACAAUAUUAAAAUUAUAUACAUUAGAUGAAAUUCGUGAAGAUAAUAAUGAUAAUAAUAAAGAAUUAAUUAAACAAAUAAAUCAAUUAGAUGAAAAUAUUUUAACAUGUCAAUUAAUAUUUCCAUUAGAAAAUGAACGUUCAAUACAAUUACAUGCACAUGUUGAACCAAAUGAAACUGAUACAAAAAUAAAUGAUGAAUUACGUCAAAAUGAUUCAAAAGAUUUAGUUAUUUAUCGAAAAUUUGCUAAAAUUGCUAUACGAUGUUUUAUUAAAAUAAAAAAUUCUGAUAUAAAAAAAAUUCGAGCUGCUUUUGUUAUUGAACAUCGUGUUGUUGGAAUUUCAUCAAUAGUUAGUACACCAACAACAACAACAAGUUCGAAUCCAACAGCACAAAAUGCUCGACAUAUUAUUCUUAUUGAUUUUGGCUCUAUUGACGAACCUGCACUUCCUUUACAUUCAGCAUUAACAUAA